CGCGGCGGCGGGUCCCCCUCGCGCCGGGGCGGUUGGCGGCGGCGGCGGCGGUUGGGGAGCGCGCGCGGAGCGGCCGGAUGGAGCAGCCGUGGCCGCCGCCGGGGCCCUGGCACCUGCCCCGGGCCGGGCGGGAGGCGGAGGACGAGAGCGACGCGGACGCGUCCCCGGGGUCUCCCCGCCGCGCUCCGCUGCCGGGCGGCGGCGCCCAGAUGUACAGUGAUGGAAUUGAACUGGCUUGCCAGAAACAAAAGGAGUUUGUGAAGAGCUCUGUGGCGUGCAGAUGGAAUCUCGCUGAGGCUCAGCAGAAACUUGGUAGCUUAGCACUGCAUAACUCGGAGUCCCUGGAUCAGGAACAUGCCAAAGCACAAACAGCAGUAGCAGAACUGAGGCAGCGGGAAGAAGAGUGGCGGCAGAAAGAAGCAGCUCUGGUGCAAGGAGAGAGGAUGUGUCUGUGGAACAUGGAUGCCAUUAGCAAGGAUGUUUUUAAUAAGAGUUUUAUUAAUCAAGAUAAAAGAAAUGAGACAGAAGAUGAAGAUAAAUCAAAAUCAUUUAUGCAGAAAUAUGAACAAAAAAUUAGACAUUUUGGUAUGUUGAGUCGAUGGGAUGAUAGUCAAAGAUUUUUAUCUGACCAUCCUUAUCUUGUAUGUGAAGAAACUGCUAAAUAUCUUAUUUUAUGGUGUUUUCAUCUAGAAGCUGAACAGAAAGGAGCUCUGAUGGAACAAAUAGCACAUCAAGCUGUUGUAAUGCAGUUUAUUAUGGAAAUGGCCAAAAACUGUAAUGUGGAUCCAAGAGGGUGUUUUCGUUUAUUUUUCCAGAAAGCCAAAGCAGAGGAAGAAGGUUAUUUUGAAGCAUUCAAAAAUGAACUUGAAGCCUUCAAGUCAAGAGUCAGACUUUAUUCUCAAUCACCAAAUUUUCAACCUAUGAUAGUUCAAAAUCAUGUUCCCCAUUCUGGUGUUGGAUCUAUAGGUUUAUUAGAAUCUUUACCACAGAAUUCAGAUUAUCUUCAGUAUUCUAUCGUCAACUGCAGUUUAAAUUCAGUGGUACAUAAAGAAGAUGAUGAACCCAAAAUGAUGGACACUGUAUAAAUUGGUUAAGACUGCUGAGGCCAAGUGCUAUUUUGUUACAAGAAAGGAAGAACUUGGCUAUUUUCUUGACACUUUUAUGGGUGCUGCACUUUAUUUUUGUUUGGUUUUUGAUGAGAGAGGGGGAAAAAGAGUACUGAAAACAUUUUGUAAAUUUUUUUUAUGUGCUGCUAGGUUGUUUUUGUUUUUUUGUUUUUUGGUUUUGUUUGUUUUUUUUUUUUUUCUGAAGAAAGGAGUGGUACCAUUUGUUGUGGGACAUGAAACUGGACAUUUUUUUUUUUUUGGCUACUAAAUUUGCCUUUAAUCUUACUGUUCUCAAUUUUGGAAUCAAAGUAUGAAAAUCUGCACAAAUGUGAUUGUUUACAAGAACUGGUCGAUUCUAGGAGGCAUCUGCUACAGUCUCUUUUUACAUGGAUGUGUACAUGUCCUACUCUACAAAAAUGACUAAAGAGAAAAAUGUACUUGUAUCCUAUUGCUAAUUUAGCUGUCAAAUCUGGUAUUUCAUCCUAUUAAAAGCAAUAAAUCAAUAGUUGAUUAUCUAUUUUACUAAAUUAAGGUGGGUGGACAAAUUGAAAGUCCCCUGAAAAUAAUUUGUAUUUUUCGACACCAUCAGUUAACUUCAUGACUAUGAUAUCAAAUUAUGUAGACACUAAUUUACCUUCUCAGUAUCCUCAGAACUGGGUCUGGACGCAUUGUUCAGUGGGCAAGGUGCUUGCCAUUCACAUGGCCAACCCCGGGUUCAGACUCCAGCACCCCACAUGGUCCCCUGAGUAGUGCCAGGAGUGAUCUCUGAACACAGAGCCAGGAGUAAGCCCUGGGCACGGUUGGGUAUGGCCCAGAAACCAGGGUGAACAAAAACUUGCUAAAACAGUAUUCCGUAGUCGUUGAUUUUAUUCUGUUGAUCUUUUAAUAUUGAGGAUUAGUGGUGACUUAAAAGUGAUACGAUUUUUUUGUUUGUUUUAACUUUCCCAACCAACUUCAAGCAUACUGUUUUUUUGCAUAACAUAGUCUGGGAAUCUCUCAGGGAAAACGUUUAAAGACUAUUAAUGGCUUAUUAGAUCAAACAUGAGGAAUCUGAUUUUCAGUCGUUUCAUUCUGAUGCAACCCAAGGACUUUUUAAAAAGAGGUGUCUUGUUUGAGCUCCGUGUACCAAGCUACCGGCUUGUUUCAAGAGUUUGGCGCCCUUAUUGGUCAUGCUGCCUUUUACUAAUUUUUCAUUUUUAACUGUUAACACAGAAUGUUUCUAAACAUUACUCCUAUAUAAACCACUUCAAAUCUGCUGAGGUAUUUGGUGAAUCAUUUUUAUUUGGAAUAAGAUGAAAGUACUUACCAUAUUGUCAUUAUUUGAGGAUUAAUAUGACUUACAGGAUCAUGGACUUUGGUUUAUAUUGGGUAUAGUCUGGUUCAGUCCCAUUGAGAUGUGCAGAACAUUUAGAAAACUUGUUUCAACUUGAGAAACCAAAUAAUGCUAAGGCAUCAGCCCCUAUGGUGAUUAGGCCUCUGAUCUUGGCCUCAUUUGCACUUUUUUUAAACAGGAAACAAGACACUUAGUACCCAUAAAAAUGGACUGGAAUUACUGAACAAUAUCUCUGUAACAUCACUAUCUUCCUGAUUUUCAGAAUAAAACUUUCUGUGCUUUUGAUAUAAAUAUAUACUCU